UUGUUUACAAAUAUUGAAGCAGCUGAAAUUAAAGAUGUGAAGGAAAUAAACAAACCAAGGGACAAGUAGGCUGCCGUAACGAGUAAAAGAAACAUAUUUGUAUUGCGAAAACUUAAUGAAAUGAGAAACAGGAAUCUUCUUGACGUCAACAUGGGUUUUUUUAUGGUAAAAUCAAUUUUAAUAUUUUGCUGUUUCGUUUCGUUAGCAUCGCAUCACGUCACACCCGUCCUUGAACAAAGCGGUGAUAUCAACUUGGUCGGUUUAAUCGACAUCAAAGGUACUUUGCCGAACAAGAGUAAGUGCGCUGUUACUCGCCCAUCCGAUGGAAUUAUUCCAGCACUUGCAUUAAAGUAUGCCGUUGAUCGAGUCAAUAACGACAGUAAACUAUUGGCAGAUCUAAAACUAGGCUAUAAAAUAUACGACAGUUGCGACAGCAGUGGAUUACAAAAACUUUUAGUCGACAUUCUUUUCAUACCAAACACUGUCGGGAUUAUUGGACCAAACCGUAAUAGUGACGUUACUAUGACAGCAGUAGUGAUGAGUUUGUGGCAUCGACUUAUCAUUGCGUUUAGCAUGGCUCCUCUCCAUUUUGAGCAAAACCCAAGCUUCAGGAAUUUAUUCCGAGCAACGCCACCUAUAGAUCAAAUGAUACAGGCGAUGGUAGAUUUUAUAUUUUACAUGAAAUGGAAUUAUAUUGGAGCAUUUUACCAAAAUAGUGAAUAUGGCAUCGCAGCUGUUAGCGAUAUGAAGAAGUUUGCUAGAAAACGAAAUAUCUGCCUAAGCGACAUUAGUCGCAUUGAAUCAACCGAUGUUGAAUCGUACAGCAGAAUGUUAUUAAACAAGUAUUUAUUAAACAACAAAAAAAUCGAGAUCAUUGUGUUAUUUCUUGAAGAAGAAACAUUAAUAAAGUUUAUGCAUGGAGUAAGUUUAAUUCCAAGAGAUUUAUGGUCACAUGUGACUUUUAUAUCCGGCUCAAAAUGGGGAACUAAACAAAUAAUAACAAAAGGAAUCGAGGACGUUGUAAAAGGAGUUAUCACGUUUCAACCAACUCAAAAAAACAUGAGAAAUUUUAAAAGUUAUUUCUACAAUCUUGACGUGAAGAAAUCUAAGUUGCUUUUUGAUUUCAAAAAAGAACUUCGCGAUGAAAUAGUAAAUAUUACUCAAAAUUUAACAACUGAGCAGUUCUAUUCAAAAUUCGGAGAUGUGUCACACUCCUCCGCAGGUACCAUAAUCAAUUCUGUGAACGCAUACGCCUAUGCCGUUAACAGAUAUUGGCGGUUCUACAAAAAAAACUUGACAAAACUCGUUCUAAAACGAUAUCUUUUAAUUCCAGCCAUGGAAAGAUUAUAUAGGGUAAGACGUGUUUACCCAUUUAACCGAAGCAUUUAUAGUUUUAGAUCGGAUCACAGAAUUAACUCAAACUUUGACAUUUUCAAUUAUCAGAAGAUGAGCAACAACAUGUUUGCUUAUAAGCUAAUUGGGCGGUGGGAAUUAAUAAGCCCAGAAAAAAUAGGACGUGGAAACUAUGCCAUCAGAAACAGUAGCGAGCUAAUCACAAACUACAGCCGAUUGACAGUCAAUCACAGUGCCAUUCAAUGGAGAGACAAGAUACCAAAAUCAAUUUGUAGCAAAGCAUGCAAAUCUUAUCAAAUUAAAGUAAUAUCUAAAAGAUAUUCUAGCUGUUGUUGGGAAUGUAAGAAUUGUGGUGAUAAUAAAAUUGUUGUGAAUAAUAGCUGCACAUCUUGUGGAAGAGAUUACAAAGCAACAAAUAACUUUAGCGCGUGUGAAGUUUUACCAAUUAAGAUGGUAACUACGAAUGUUGUAUUGGUGUAUAGCUUUUAUUGCAUUGGUAGUGUAGGUGUAUUACUUUCAAUUCUAGCUACAUCACUCUUCAUAAAAUUUAGAGAUAAGCUAAUCAUUCGUGCUUCAUCUCGGGAAUUAUGCAUGUUUAUUUUUCUCGGAAUCACCUUACUAUACUGUUUUCCAGUACUUGCAAUUUCGACUGCAUCUAAAGUAUGUUGCAUUGCCCAGAAAUGCUUUUUUUUCAUCGGAUUCAACUUAAUAUAUGGUUCACUAAUGCUUAAAACGAAUCGGAUUUACCGGAUAUUUGCCGCUGCACGCUCUAGCACAAUAGCGCCAAAAGUUGUCAGUCCGAUUUCCCAAGUAAUUUUUGCGUCAACGUUAUGCCUUGUUCAAAUUAUUCUUUUAUCGCCAAGUAUUGACAGUUUACAUACACAAAAACAAUACCCAUCACACAGACACCAUGUUGAAAUAUAUUGCAAGGUCGACACAUCGAUUUUCUUUAUCAACUUUACGUAUAUUUUAUCCAUAAUGGCUUCCACAACGUUUUAUGCGUUCAGAACAAGAACUUUUCCGAAAAAUUACAACGAAUCAAAAGACAUUGGAAUUACGAUGUAUAUCACGUGUUUUAUUUUUGGAAUAGGAUUGGUUAGCUACUUUCUCUUAACAAACUCACAAAGCAGGAUAAUAGCAAUAUCGUUUGUUAGCAUCUUAUGUGCUACGGUCGUUCUCUUUGGUUUAUUUACAACGAAAUUUUUAAUAAUUUACAAAUCGCAUGUUAGCAAGAAAGACGAAAAUAAAAAUGUAGAUAAACAAACUUGGGAGCACACAACAAACCGCUUACAAAGUUUAUCCACUUCGGAUAUAAGAAUAUACUCUGAUAACAUCUCAAGCGCAACGACAUUUACCGUUGAAUAUUCAUAGCCUACACCUAUUUGCAACCUCGUUCCCAAGCCCUGUAGCAUUUUGUGAUAUGACAAUUAAAAAAGACGUGCAUCCUGAUGGGAUGGAGGUUGCACCUAUUAGGUUCGAUACUUUAGUAUCCUUACUUACAUUAACAUUGUAAGUUUAAAUCAGAUGUGCGACUCUUGUAGAUAGGAAUAAAAUUUUAAAAUAUUUUCUUUUGUUGCUAUAUAUACCGUUCUAGUGUGCUUCUUACAAGAACAUGAUAGGUAAAAAUUUAUAACGACUUCAGAUUGAAAUACGGAUUAUACGAAAAGUGAUUUUUAUUUCGUGCUUUUCUUUGAAAAAUUGACAAACGUUAAUAACGCCAAAAAACAUUAGAUUUUAACUAUAGAGUUCUCCGCUUUUGACAAAAAAUCACACAGUCAUAAUAACAAGGAUUCUGAAAAUAAUAAGUAUAAAUAUUGCGAUUUUUUGCUACAUUAACCACAUUCGGUCAACGAUUUAACUUAAAGUACUGACACAUGAUCUCUAAAUGACUAUUUUUCAUAAAAAAAUAUUUUGUCUUUCAUCCUAUUUGUUUCGGGGGGGAAUAAGUUUUUUUUGCUCGGCUGCAUUGUUAUGAUACCUCCUGUUUUUUAGUAUUUAUUUAUAAGACACGUGCAUGCCAAAUUUUUAAGUGCCAUACCUCUCAAAGCCGUAGAUUUUGGCUAUUACUCGAAUCUAUUCCUAAAUUCUUAUAAUCGGAAAACUAUAGUAAUUUUUGUUAGCAUAUUAUACUUAGCAGUUAAAACUUACAACACAACUUAUUUCAUUAAGGCGAAUCAAUCUGUAAAUUUUGGGCACAUGGAUAAUGUCAAAAACAGUAAAAUAUGUUAAAUAUAACACAAAGCGAUUUUCUGUAGAACUAAAGUAAUUAAAUUUUUAGCAGAUAGUAGUGGUAUGUUAACGAAA